CCUAUCUAUUCAUCCAUCUGAGUGAUUUUGUGGUAUUGCAUAGCGGUUAUCGGAUUGUAUCUAUCUUUAAUAACUAUAGCGCCGAACCGUGCAUUGGGCGCUAGAAUACAUAAGCAGUAUAGCAGUUACCCUGAACACUUGUCAACCACUACACACACACCAUGCCCGUCAAGAAAGGCAAGCAGGCCAAGCAGGCCAAGCCCAAAGCCAAACAAUCGCGUAAAGAUCACUUAUCCCUAUCGCGUGCAGUAGUGGAGGAGUCCAACGAUGCCGAACCACAGCAACCCGAGGACGAUGUAGAGACAGUAGAGAAAGUUAAACCCGGACAGAAGCCCAAGCGAACACUAGACAACACCACCGCAGAUGAAGAUGAGAUGCGAUUAGAAGCACUUUUGUUCUCGGAUAUACAUGCGACUGAAUACGAUGGACUGGCGGUGACGAGACAGGCCGCACAGGAUGUGAGCGAGGAUGAAGAGGAUAUUGACUUCGCAAAUAUGGACUUCAUAAUCGACCGUACCGGUUCAAAGGGCGCCAGCAAUGAACCUGCCGCGGUUUUGAACGCAGCGGAUGUUAGCGUGAAAGAGGGAGAUAGUGAUAAAGACAGUGGUGAUGAUGAUGAUAGUGUCAAGGAUACCACAGACAGGGGUGUGAAGAGGUCAGUGUGGGAAGAUGCCGACGACCACGCAAUCGAGGUGGCCAUGGCGAGCAAGUCACGAACACGUAAGCUGAGGAAAACGGAGGCCGAGGAUGUCGUGGAUGGGUCUGAGUAUAGUGACCGACUGAGGGAACAGUUUAAGAACACGUACAGUCGCACACACCAGAAAUGGGCCGAGCAUGUGGAGGAAGACGUGGAUGGGAGUGAGUUGAUGGGGUGGUCAGGCAAACUGCUGGAUGGCUCGAAGCAAGGUGUGUGUAGCGUGUAG